AUGGAGUCGGAGGCUUUUGAGGACAUGCAAAAGGGCGGAGGAGCUCUGCGCACCCUCAAGGAUUUGGGUGCUGGUGCUGCGGGCGGCAUUGCGCAGGUGCUUCUUGAUAUUGUCAAGGUGCGGUUACAGACGACGUCAGAGUACAAAAGCGCUCUUGACUGUGCCACGAGAAUCUUCAAGAAUGAGGGCCCCUUGGCUUUCUACAAGGGGACUUUGACCCCGCUCAUCGGUAUCGGUGCCUGUGUCAGCGUACAAUUCGGUGCGUUCCAUGAAGCCAGAAGACGGCUGGAGGAGCUCAACAAGAAGAAGUAUGCCGACCCCACCCUCUCCUACGGCCAGUACUAUCUGGCGGGAAGUUUCGCGGGUCUCACCAACUCCGCCCUCUCGGGACCCAUUGAGCACGUCCGUAUCCGCCUGCAGACGCAGCCUCACGGCGAGGGCCGCUUAUACAGCGGACCCCUCGACUGCAUCCGGAAACUCGUUGCUCAAGGAGGCGUGCUGCGCGGUCUCUACAGGGGCCAGAACGUCACGUAUCUCAGAGAAGCCCAGGCCUACGGUACCUGGUUUCUGACCUUCGAGUACCUGAUGAACCAGGACGCCAAGCGCAACAACAUCAAGCGCGAGGAGAUCUCCAGCAUCAAAGUCGCGACUUACGGCGGUCUUGCCGGUGAGGUCCUGUGGCUGAGCAGCUACCCCUUUGACGUGGUCAAGAGUAAGAUGCAGUGCGAUGGCUUCGGUGCGCAGCAGCAAUAUAAGAGCAUGACCGAUUGUUUCAAGAAGACUUUUGCUGCGGAGGGCUUUGGCGGCUUCUGGAAGGGCCUGGGGCCGACUCUGCUGAGAGCUAUGCCCGUGUCUGCGGGUACCUUUGCUGUCGUCGAGCUCACCAUGAGAGCAUUGGGCUAG